AAGCCGUCUCCGGAGCGCAGAUACCGAUGAAAGCUCCAGAAGUUGAAUCAAUGGAACUUUGCUGCUGCUGGUGUGGUGUUAUCUCUUCGUCUUCUUCCUUCUCUAUUUCCUAUUAUUCAGAUUGGUUAAAAAAUGGUCAAGACAGAGGAAGAUGCCUCAGAUACACCAACUGAGAAGGAGUUGUAUUUUCGGGCUGAAGUGAAGAUUCGAUGCCGCAUAGAAGUAGCGACAGAAAUCCGGGUUAGGUUGAGACCAGGCUCUGCUAGGUCGGAGUUAUUUCGGGGAACUUGUUUUGGACCAUGGCUAGAUGUACGAUCUACAUCUAUCGACUCGAGUUUACUCCAUCUGAUACUACAGACUGAAUAUACCCCGACCCCAGUCGUGCAUCAAGAUGCAUUAUUUUUUCAUGUUGGAGGUCAGGAGUUGCGGUUUGGACCUCAAGAGUUUUGCCUCAUCACAGGACUGCAAUUCGGUCCGCAUCAACUUUUGAGACAACAUCGGAUGCACGUGGGGCCCAAUACGACAUUCAGGGGGAGGGUAUUUGGUCAUGUACAAGCUAGGGUAAAGGUUUCGGAUCUCAAAAACGUCUUUUAUAGCUCUCUUGAUCAGUUAUCGGACCUUGAUGCCGUACGACUUUGUCUGCUGAUGUUGCUUGAGGUCGGAUUCAUGGGCUCUCAGUCUCUUUAUUUGGUUGACCCGGAUGCUCUAGAGCUAGUUGAGGAUCUGGACUCAUGGAACACAUUUCCAUGGGGUUCAUAUGUCUGGAAGGUUGUGUACAGGCAGCUACAUAAUGCGCUGCCAAAACGUUCUGCACGACGCACUUUUUCGCCACUUAAUUAUACGCUAGAGGGAUUUAUUUGGGCCUUCAAGAUAUGGAUCUUCGAGGUUUUCCCAUACUCUAAGAAGUUUGCUAUCAAGCAUAAUGGGAUUCCGAGGGCCAUUAGCUGGGGCAAGAACCAAUGCAUAACGUGGAAGCUUGCACUACCAUUUGUCGUGAAUGCCACAGUGCCCGGAUUUGAGCCACUACCAGUGUUGACACCAACUCCUGCAGAGUGUGCCACUGAUUGGUGGCGCGCUAGCUGUCAGUUUUUUGACGGCUAUGCUAAUGAUUUUUCACCGUUGUUGAAGAAGGCACGAUUAUCAUCGGUACCUCAGCCGUCGGUUAUGGUACGUGAUCAGCUGGUAGGCGACAUUAGCAACACGACUACUAUGCUUGUAGAGGACAAUACCGACAGCACCACCAUGCCCGUUGAUGACAUUGCCAGGACCAACACCAUGCCGAGCUCUAACAACACAACUAGUCAUCAAAAUACCGGGUUGACAUGCCUCACUAGUCUAGACACACAUGUUGAUGAACGAAAGAUUUCAUCUCAAUCCGACGUAAUUUGUGUCCAAGGGUACAAAGUGAAGCAAAGUGUUGCACCGGUUCUUGAGAACAUUUUCAAGAAACACGGUGACAUUGCAGCAGAUUGUGUAUUCAAACCCGUCUCUAUGAGAUCAUCUUUCCUUGAGAUCGUUUGUGAAGUUGUCAGUCGAAUUCAAACCAAUGAUGAUAUUGACAACAUGGAAGAAAUAGAACAGCAAGUGGUAGCUACAGAGGCAGCUAACAUUAAUGUGUCAUGGCUUCGAGCUCACUUGGACGUCAUCCGCAAAAGGAAGGAGGCGAGCAAGAAGUGCAGUUUGCUUAUGGAAUUGAGAGUGAACACGGUUGUGGUUGAAAAAGCCGCCCAAAAGGAUCUGCGAGAGAGAUGUGUGGAGCUCAUGGCUGCACAAGAACGGUUUGAAGAGGCUGAAAGAUGUGUGAGAGUACUCCAUCUUGUUAAAAAUAAUCUAAAGGACAGGAUCUUGGAAUCCAAAGGUAAUGUAGACUCAUUGGCAAGACAACCAGUUUUAUAGGCCAACUAGAUCAUGCUAGGAUGUGUAAUAGUUACAAUAUUGCCUAAAAAAAAACUUAUAUUAUCUCGAAUCAAAGGUGUAGA